GCCCGUUCGCACGCUCUCUCUCUCUACCCCUCCCUCCCCACCUCCACUCCCCCCGGGUCUUGCGGGAACUCUUGGAUCGCAGAUUAGUUGACCAUCCUUUUACACCAUGGCUACGGGACAACUUUUUUCACGGAAUACCCAGGCAUUAUUCAACAAUUAUAAGCAACUACCCAUUCAGAGGAUGCUUGAUUUUGACUUCCUUUGUGGGAGGGAAACACCUUCUGUUGCUGGAAUAAUAAAUCCUGGUUCUGAGGGGUUUCAAAAACUAUUUUUUGGUCAGGAGGAGAUUGCCAUUCCAGUUCAUUCAACCAUUGAAGCAGCUUGCAAGGCACAUCCAAAUGCUGAUGUUUUCAUCAACUUUGCAUCAUUUAGGAGUGCAGCUGCUUCAUCCAUGUCUGCUCUGAAACAACCAACAAUCAGAGUAGUGGCUAUUAUAGCUGAAGGUGUUCCAGAGUCAGACACGCGGCAGUUAAUUGCAUAUGCACGGUCUAAUAACAAGCUCAUUAUUGGUCCUGCCACUGUUGGUGGUAUUCAAGCUGGAGCUUUCAAAAUUGGUGACACAGCUGGAACUAUUGACAAUAUUAUUCACUGCAAGCUUUAUAGGCCUGGAUCUGUUGGAUUUGUAUCCAAAUCGGGAGGCAUGUCAAAUGAACUCUACAACACAAUUGCACGUGUGACAGAUGGAAUUUAUGAAGGCAUCGCAAUUGGAGGAGAUGUUUUUCCUGGUUCAACUCUUUCCGAUCAUAUUCUGCGGUUUAAUAACAUCCCACAGAUCAAAAUGAUGGUUGUGCUUGGGGAACUUGGUGGGAGAGAUGAAUACUCCCUGGUGGAGGCCCUCAAAGAGGGAAGGGUUCAUAAACCAGUGGUUGCUUGGGUUAGCGGAACUUGUGCACGGCUGUUCAAGUCUGAAGUGCAAUUUGGUCAUGCUGGUGCUAAAAGUGGAGGUGAGUUGGAAUCAGCACAGGCAAAAAAUCAGGCACUGAGGGAAGCUGGAGCAGUCAUUCCCACUUCAUAUGAAUCCCUAGAGGAUGCAAUCAAAGAGACUUUCGAGAAACUUGUUGAAGCAGGGAAGAUUACACCCAUAUCUGAAGUUAAGCCUCCUAAAAUACCUGAGGAUCUCAAGGUUGCAAUUAAAAAUGGGGGGGUUCGUGCACCAACACAUAUCAUCUCUACCAUAUCUGAUGACAGAGGUGAAGAGCCUUCUUAUGCUGGUGUGGCAAUGUCUACCAUUGUUGAACGGGGUUAUGGUGUUGGGGACGUCAUCUCCCUUUUGUGGUUCAAGCGUAGCCUACCCCCUUAUUGCACAAAGUUCAUUGAGAUUUGCAUUAUGUUGUGUGCUGAUCAUGGGCCUUGCGUCUCUGGUGCUCAUAACACUAUUGUUACUGCAAGGGCUGGAAAGGAUCUUGUUUCUAGCCUUGUCUCAGGUUUGCUUACAAUUGGUCCUCGGUUUGGUGGCGCUAUUGAUGAUGCUGCUCGAUAUUUUAAGGAUGCAUAUGACAAGGGACUCUCUCCUUAUGAGUUUGUUGAAGGUAUGAAAAAGAAGGGUAUUCGUGUACCAGGAAUUGGACACAGGAUCAAGAGAGGAGACAACAAGGACAAGAGAGUACAACUUCUACAACAAUAUGCUCACUCUCAUUUCCCUUCCACAAAAUACAUGGAUUAUGCUGUCCAAGUUGAAACGUACACCCUAUCAAAGGCAAAUAAUUUGGUUCUUAAUGUUGAUGGUGCAAUCGGGUCUCUAUUCUUGGAUCUCCUUGCUGGUAGUGGAAUGUUUAGCAAACAAGAGAUAGAUGAGAUUGUUGAAAUUGGAUACCUGAAUGGAUUGUUUGUGUUGGCACGCUCAAUUGGUCUGAUUGGGCAUACCUUCGACCAGAAGAGAUUGAAGCAGCCACUCUACCGUCAUCCAUGGGAAGAUGUUCUCUAUACAAAGUGAUCAAUUCUGGAUACAAGGUUCUAGUUCCAAUUUUUCCCCAUGCAUUUGUCCCUAUUUUAGGGGAUGAGAAGCCAAGUUGCGAAGUGCUCUUUUAGAAUAAUGAGAAGUGCAAGGAAUCAGAGGGAUUUGAUUUAUUUAACCAGUCCAUAAUUUACGAAACAGUUACAAGCACUGACAGGCAACAAACAGUUUUCCCUGUGUAUCUCUGAUGCUGGGUUGACUGCAAAUUGUCGAUUGCUUCCUUGCUUCAGUUGGAAAAUAGUUAAGAGGUUGAGCUGAUGAAUAACUCAUCUGUAUUUGAUUCAUUUUACGGUAUUCAAUUUUUGUAUUCGCCACAUUUAGCAUGUGUUUUCACCAAGUAGCAGCCCUGCAUUUAAGCAUUGCUGCUGCUGCUCUUGGCUGGUUUUAGGAUAAAUAUUGCUUUGUUAAGUCUUUUAUUCCCUUUUCUCCUCUGAAUUUGAUUGCGUGAUAGUGUUUUUAAUGA